AUGGUGAAGCGCUGAUUUGAUGUACGUUUUGAUUUUGGAAUACUUUUAUGUAAUGGUGAAAGUGGAGGUGGAAUACUGCGGCAUCUGCAACUUUAGCGGGCAGUGCCACCUGCUGCGCGAGUUCCUGCUGGCCUCGUCGCCCGACUUGGACAUAUCCUGUCGCACGGGACGGCGGGGAUCCUUCGAGGUGUCCAUCGACGGUCAGCUAGUGCACUCGAAGCUUUCCUGCCUGGCAUUUCCCCAGCACGCGAGUGUCCUGGCCCAAGUGCAGAAGGCGGAGCGUGGAGAGCCCGUGGAGAAAGUCCUGGAGCAGCCCAUCAAGGACUGCGUCGUGAUGUGAUCUCCUACUUUCACGCCUAGACUGUUUAAACACGAUAGCUUCACGCUUACACCAACAUUUGUGGAACCCAUUUGAAAUCCUGUGAUAUAUGAUGGAUGAAUUGAAAAAUGGGUAAAGGUUAAACAACAGUUUUCAGUUUAAGUGGAGUCAACUAAACAAU